AAACUCCCGUCGCCCGUCAUCCCCGCCGGUAUCACUGAAGGUGAUCAUCGCCGAUUCAGAAAAUGUCGGUUACUUUCAGUAAAGCUCUCAUCGUUUCGUUUCAAAAAGGUUUACUUGUCUACACGGCUCCCCGCUGUUUCCCCUCCCUCUUGUUUCCUUCUCUCUCCCGAGUCCCGAAAGCUUUGGGAUUUCGACCUUUUAGUAGAGCUGUUGAGCUUGAGAAUGUUUACCUUACCUGGUAUAAUUGGGAUCCUUCCUUGUUCUUCUCCCAGUUUCUUAUUUGGGAAACCAACUCACUGUUGAUUAUGAUUUUUCACAUUUGCCAACCAAAUAUCUGGACACUUUCAGCAUUUCAAAUGUCAAACAAUUGGUUCAAAUUGGUAAUGGCCAUCUCACCAUAUGAAUAUUUCAGUUUUAGCUGCUGCUUCAUCCCUAUGAUAGAGGUCACCUGGGUGGACUGACGUGACAUUACUUGGAUGUUCAUAUUUUCUGUGUUGGUUUAUAGCUCUUUUUUUAUCUGUUACUUAAAUUUUGCAUUCAUAAAAUAGAAGUAUUUCUUUCCUUUUUAUAAUCUUAACCUUCUAUAGUCAGUUCUUAUUGCAGUCUUUGCAGAUGACCUCAUGGUUCAGACCUCAUACUAAAUUAUAAUGGAGAAA